GGAGCCUCAAGCAGGAAGUGGGUGUAAAGGCGGCUCGAGGCGAGCUGGCUCGCGGGUUGCUACGGCCACUUUGCCGUGUCGCGGCCGCCAGUGGCGAGAUGGAGGGGCCGGGGCUGGGUUCGCAGUGCAGGAAUCACAGCCAUGGCCCCCACCGUCCAGGAUUUGGUCGACAUGGAAUCUGCGCAUCUGAAAGCAAAGAACUUGCUAAAGCGAGAGAAGCUCUUCCUCUUAUAGAGGACUCUAGUAACUGUGACAUUGUAAAAGCUACCCAAUACGGGAUUUUUGAACGUUGUAAAGAAUUGGUAGAAGCAGGAUAUGAUGUCAGGCAACCAGACAAAGAAAAUGUGUCACUUCUUCAUUGGGCUGCUAUAAACAACAGGCUGGAUCUUGUAAGGUUUUAUAUUUCAAAAGGUGCUGUAGUAGAUCAGUUGGGUGGAGAUUUAAAUUCGACUCCUCUUCACUGGGCCAUCAGACAAGGGCAUUUGCCUAUGGUCAUAUUACUACUACAGUAUGGAGCAGACCCCACUCUCAUUGAUGGGGAGGGCUUCAGCAGCAUCCACCUGGCAGUAUUAUUUCAACACAUGCCCAUUAUAGCAUAUCUCAUCUCCAAAGGACAGAGUGUGAAUAUGACAGAUUUAAAUGGGCAGACACCUCUGAUGUUAUCAGCUCACAAAGUACUUGGACCAGAACCAACUGGAUUUCUUUUAAAGUUUAAUCCUUCUCUCACUGUGGUUGAUAAAAUACACCAGAACACUCCCCUCCACUGGGCAGUUGCAGCAGGAAAUGUUAAUGCGGUCGAUAAACUUUUGGAAGCUGGUUCUAGCCUGGAUAUCCGAAAUGUUAAGGGUGAAACACCUCUUGACAUGGCUUUACAGAAUAAAAAUCGCCUCAUUAUUCACAUGCUAAAAACAGAGGCAAAAAUGAGAGCCAACAAGAAGUUCAGACUUUGGAGGUGGCUGCAGAAAUGUGAGCUCUUCCUGCUGCUGAUGCUUUCUGUGAUUACCAUGUGGGCUGUUGGAUACAUACUGGACUUCAAUUCAGAUUCUUGGCUUUUAAAAGGAUGUCUUCUAUUAACAUUGUUUUUUCUGACAUCUUUGCUUCCAAGGUUCUUGGUCGGGUAUAAGAGCUUCAUAUACUUACCAACGGUCUUCCUGCUAAGUUCCAUUUUUUGGAUAUUUGUGACUUGGUUCACCUUAUUCUUUCCUCAUCGAGCAGGCAGCCCUUUCUAUUUUGCUUUCCUUCUCAGCAUAAUAGGCUUCCUCUACUUUUUCUACAAGACUUGGGCAACUGAUCCAGGCUUCACUAAAGCUUCUGAAGAAGAAAGGAAAACGAAUAUCAUCACCCUUGCAGAGACUGGCUGUCUGGACUUCAGAACAUUUUGUACAUCAUGUCUUAUAAGGAAGCCUUUAAGGUCACUUCAUUGCCACGUGUGUAACUCCUGUGUCGCUCGAUAUGAUCAGCAUUGUCUGUGGACUGGACGGUGCAUAGGUUUUGGCAACCAUCGCUAUUACAUAUUCUUCUUACUUUUUCUUUCCAUCGUUUGUGACUGGAUUAUAUAUGAAUCUUUCAUCUAUUGGUCAAAUCAUUGUGCCACAACAUUCAGAGAAGAUGGACUAUGGACCUACCUCAAUCAGAUUGUGGCCUGUUCCCCUUGGGUUUUAUAUAUCUUCAUGCUAGCAGCUUUCCAUUUCUCAUGGUCAACAUUUUUAUUAUUAAAUCAACUCUUUCAGAUUGCUUUCCUGGGCCUGACCUCCCACGAGAGAACCAGCCUGCUGAAGCAAAGCAGGCAUAUGAAACAGACAUUAUCCCUCAGGAGGACCCCAUACAACCUUGGGUUCACGCAGAACCUCGCAGAUUUCUUUCAGUGUGGCUGCUUUGGCUUGGUGAAGCCCUGUGCCGUGGACUGGACGUCACAAUACACCAUGGUCUUCCACCCAGCGAAGGAGAAGGUCCUUCGCUCCGUUUAAGAAGAGCCACCCCAGACUCUCACUCUGACCUACUUGUGUUUAUGUUGAUGCCCUUUGGUCUGCAAGUGAAGUGCUGAUUCAGAGUUCACCUAAGUCCAAAGGAAAAUGCAGGUGGUUUUUUUUAAAGCUAUUUGGUAAAAACAGAAGUUCUCAAUAAAGGCAUUACACUUUUGGAUUUAGCAAGAUGGACUGUUCCUGAACAAUCUUGGCAGACAUCUAAAAAAACUUAUAUUUUUCACAAGAAAACACAAGUUACAUUUUUUUGGAGAUAAUAUUCAUUAAUUAUGGAUAAAAUGUGGUAUUUUCAAAUACUUUAUUGGUUGUUUCAAAGUAGUACUAUUCUUUAAACUUGUAAUUUUUGAUAAAUUAUUUGCGUGUUUUAUCUAUAAAUAUGUAAAAAAUAUUUAAAUAGAUGUACCUGUUAUGCUUUCACACUUAAUAAAUUUUUUUUUUU